AUGACCCUGCUUCAUGGACCGGCAGAGUCCCAAAGCAGCGGAGGUGUGGGCCGUCCGUGCCACGUCAUCAAUGUGGGAGGCUGCUGGGUGCAUUUGGCCUGGGCGGCCCUGGCAUGCUGUCCGCUUGCACUCCUGGAGCGCCUGCAGGCCUACCGCGGUCACCACGAGCUGCUUCUCGUGUGAGACUAUGACAUGAGCCGCAAAGUGUUCUUGGACCACAGCCCCUGCGCCUUCCGCGCCAUCACAGUGCUGCUGCACACCGGCAAGCUGCGGCUGCUGUGGGGACCCUGCACACUUGCCUUCUGCGAGGAGCUGGCCUAUUGGGGCAUCGACCAGGCGUGGCUAGAGCGCUGCUGCCUGCGCCACCUGCUGCCACGAGAGGAGAUGGCCGAGGCGGGACGUGGUGAGCCGCAGACCCUGACGUAAACCCUGGGGCCUGGGCCGCUGCAGCGUGGCCUCUAACGUCUGCCCGACAUGCUGGACAACUUGCACUUGAUCCCCGCUGGGAAAUUCUUCACCUGCGUCUCGAUGGGUUUCAUGGCCAUCACAGCCAUGGGCCUGUGCCUGAGCACCAUGCCAGACAUCCUCGCCGAGGAGGAGCAGGGCGAGUGCUCCCGCAAGUGCCGCAACCUGUUUGUGUUGGAGGUGGUGUGCGUGGCCUGGUUCUUAGUGGAGCUCCUGCUGCGCUCUCUGCAGGCUAAGAGCAACUGUGCCUUCCUGCGGGCAUCGCUGAACCUCGUGGACAUCGCAGCCAUGAUGCCCCUGUUGGUGUCACUGCUGGCAUGGCUGCCAGUGGGAAUGGGCCCUGGCCAGCGCGGGCUGCUGGAACCACUGUGUGCACUUGUAAUGAGCCUGGCGCACCACUCGCCAGGGUUGUGCUUGCUGGGGCUGACCGUUCACUGCAUACGUGAGCUCGGCCUCUUGCUGCUGUUCCUCUGCGUGGCCAUGGCAUUAUGCGUGCCACUCGUGCACCUAGCCGAGUGUGAGCUGGGCGUGUACCGUGACUCUGCCAGUGUGCCCACCAGCUACUGGUGGGCCAGAGACAUGGUGCCGCACAGCCUGCCUGGCCAGGUGGUGGCACUCGGUGGCAUCCUCAGCAGCAUCCUGCUGCUGGCCCUGCCUGUCACAGCCACCUUCUACACCUUCUCAGACUCCUAUGCCAAGUUCCAUGUGCAGAGGCGCCCUGCAGCCAGCCCAAGGUGAGCCUGCAACGGGGUCCCUUCCCUUCCAUGGCCAGCCCAGAAUAAUACGGAAGGGAGGGGCACCCGUGGCAGGGACAGCAGGAGCCCAGAGAGGUGGGAGCGCAACCUCCAUGGGGUUCCAGGACCACAGAAGGGUGUCCUGUGAUGGGGAUCCUCCCACAGCACACAUGACCCACACCAGCUGUACUCAGGGAGCAAUAUGAAUAACCAGGUCCUGGCCAUGUAGCCCUCCUCAGGGUCAGUACCACUGUUGGUUGCGUGUUGAUUCUGUGGGCACCACAGACUCCAUAGAGAGAAAACUAGUAGCAUAUGAAUAGGAGGGGUGUCCCCCACAUCCUGGGCUG